AUAACCAAGUGUACCCUAUAGAUAAUGUGCACUCAUGGUUUGGUUUGCACAUCUGUUUUUGAUUAUAAAUACAAAAGCAACAUGCACUCUAUAUAUACACAUGAGUGAACAACAAUCCAAUUGCCAAAUUAACUAACUAAUAGAAGGAGAAAAAUGGAGAAUGGCAUAGAUUUUCAUCCUUUAUUGAGAGGUGGAAGAAGGAGAGAAAAAUAUAGAAAUCCUCUAUCUUCAGCUGAGAUGGAAUCACUUGCAAGUAUAUGUGAAACUGUGUUGCCUCCUCUUGAUUCUGAAUUUUUGAAUAAAAAGGGAAUUCAACCAACAAACAAGAAUAUGAAAUUCUUCUGGAAAGCUUCUGGUUCUGAUUUCUCAAUCCCUCAUGAGGUUUCAGAGAUGCUAGUUGAAAGAGCACUGCCAGAAGCAUUUAUAAUCGUUAGAGUGAUUCUAUGGAUGCUAUCAACAAGGUUUGGCACUUUCUUACUGUGUGGAUUUCUCUGUCAUACUAAGAAAUGGCCAUUCAUCAACACUUUCUCAAAUAUUUCUCUGCAAAAUCGAGAAAUGGUUCUUCAAAAAUGGUUCAAGCAUCGCUUCUUCACACCUGUUAGACUUGCAUUUCUUUACAUCAAAAUCCUUUGUGCCAUUGUUUUCUUCUCUCAGUGUGAUGAGAAUGGUGAGAACCUUGCAUGGGAAGCUAUCGGUUACCAUGUUGACAAUGAUGAGAACACAACCAAUAUUCACAAAGAGAGACCACUUGAAAAGGGUAUAGUGGAAGCGAUAAACGAAGAUAAUGCGAGUCUGCCACAAUCUCUUUCUAAUAAAGGUCUUGAAAUUGAAAUAGAUGCUAAAAACAACAUCCUUAAAGUGAAAUGUGAUGUGGUAAUCGUCGGUUCCGGUUGCGGCGGAGGAGUUGCAGCUGCUGUUCUUGCAAGUUCAGGCCUUAAGGUACUUGUUCUUGAGAAGGGUAACUAUUUCACUCCAAGGGAUUAUUCUUCUCUAGAAGGUCCUUCUAUGAAUGAGCUUUAUGAAUUAGGAGGAACUUUUCCAACUUGGGGCGGAAACGUAGCGAUUCUAGCCGGUUCGACCGUUGGUGGAGGCUCUGCUAUUAAUUGGUCUGCAUCUAUUAAAACACCAGAUUAUGUUCUCAAAGAUUGGUCAGAGAAUCAUAAUCUACCACUCUUUUCAAGCCAUGAGUACUUUUCUGCUAUGGAGAUGGUGUGUAAAAGGAUCGGCGUAACCGAUACUUGUCUCGAGGAAGGACUACAGAAUCAAGUUCUCCGAAAAGGUUGUAACAAACUUGGUCUUCAAGUUGAUUAUGUGCCGAGAAACUCGUCAGAACAUCAUUACUGUGGAUCAUGUAACUAUGGCUGUAGAAAAGGAGAUAAACAAGGGACUGAUGUUACAUGGCUCGUCGAUGCCGUGGAACAUGGUGCGGUAAUACUAACAAGAUGCAAAGCUGAAAAGUUAAUUUUGGUGAAUAACAAAGAAGGACAUGUGAGAAGAAAGAAAUGCUUGGGAGUUAUGGCAAAUGUUUUGACAGAAAAUAUCACAUGGAGAAUUCAAGUUGAGGCAAAAGCAACAAUUUCGUCAUGCGGAGCGAUUUCCACGCCACCCUUAAUGAUAUCGAGUGGGCUAAAGAAUAAGAACAUCGGCCGAAACCUUCACCUUCAUCCGGUGCUAUUGACGUGGGGAUAUUUUCCCGAAUCAGUGUCUGAUCUCAAGGGGAAAAGCUAUGAGGGAGGAAUAAUAACUUCUGUACACAAAGUGUUAUCGAAAGAAGACUCCAAGGUAAAAGCUAUAAUUGAAACUCCGGCACUAGGACCGGGAAAUUUUUCUACCUUGUUUCCUUGGGAAUCCGGAUUCGACUUUAAAGAAAGAAUGCUAAGAUAUUCGAGAACCGUUCAUUUGAUCACAAUCAUUCAAGACAAAGGUUGUGGAGAAGUUAGGACCGAGGGUAGGAUAAAGUACGAGCUAGACAAAGAAUUCGACAAAGAGAACAUGAAGCAAGGACUGCAGCAGGCGUUAAGGAUUCUAAUCGCGGCCGGAGCGGUUGAAGUAGGUACUCACAGAAACGGAGAGAGAAUUGUUUGUAGUGGAAGUAAUGAUAAAGAAUUGAAAAAUUUUGUGGAAUCGAUAUACGCGACAGGAGGGCCAAUGUCAUUUGAAGAAAGUUGGAGUAUGUAUGCAUCUGCUCACCAGAUGGGGAGUUGUAGGAUGGGAAUGACUGAAAAGGAUGGUGCGGUUGAUGAAAAUGGACAAAGCUGGGAAGCUGAAGGACUAUUUGUGUGUGAUGCAAGUUUGUUUCCAACUGCAAUUGGUGUGAAUCCUAUGAUAACUAUUCAGUCUAUUGCUUAUUGUGUUGCCAAGAGAAUUGUAGAAAUUUUGAAAAUGAGAUAGAGUUUGUUUGGAGACAGUGUUGUUGAUUGCUGCAAAAAGCAUCCUAUAAUGUAAUAAUGAUUGAAUAUUUUGCUUAGAGACUAAAGUUAUGGAACAAAUGGUGCAAACAUUUUUUCUUUUA